AUGGAGAGACUGUAUGAAGGCAUGCGUCAAGUCAUGCGGCGUCAGAACCGCAAUAACGCACUUCGUCACCGCAACUCUAUCGAGGUGCCUCCCGCGCCUCUCAACACCCCUUCAGAGUCUCGUUCUCAAACCCCAACACCAAGUGGCCAGAUUCACCGAGCCCGAGCCCUUUCACAUCCUGUUCCUCCCAAUCCUCCCAACUCCCCCAAGUCCCCAAGCCUUCUGCAACAGCGAGACUCAAACCUCAUCCGCGACUUUUACACUUCACCCAACGCUGUACGGGCAGCUCAUGGCCUUGACAUAUAUGAGCUGCAAGACAAUGAAGAACACAUAGAAGAUGAGAACCAGGCGCCAACUAACCCUACGACAGACGAGAACGAUGAGUCUCUCCAGCGCUACAAGGAGUCCCUCGGCCUCGGCGGCGGCAAGGACCUCUCCGACGCCUCUGACCCUCGUGUCUGCAUUAUUCUCUCUCUCACCAUGGAGUCCCCCGGCCGUGACCCUGUCACUAUCGACCUGUCUGCUCCUGGCUCCGAGGCCAGCCUGAAGGACAAGCCCUUCAAGAUCAAGGAGGGCGCCAAGUUCACCAUGGUUGCCACCUUCAAGGUCCAGCACGAGAUUCUCAGCGGUCUGCAGUACGUCCAGGUCGUCAAGCGCAAGGGUAUCAAGGUCAGCAAGGACUCUGAGAUGCUGGGCAGCUACGCCCCCAACACCGACAAGCAGCCCAUUUACACCAAGCGCUUCCAAGAGGAGGAUGCUCCUUCCGGCAUGCUUGCCCGUGGCCACUACAACGCCAUCUCCAGUUUCGUUGACGACGACAAGAAGACCCACUUGACCUUUGAGUGGUCUUUCGACAUCGCCAAGGACUGGUAA